AACAUAUCGAAAGUUAGGAUGAUGAGCUCAAUCCAGACGCCGACACACAUGUCCGCUGAUGAAUCCUAGACGAAGACUCGAACAGCUGCAGACGAAACAGUAGUUCAAUCAGACCUGAACCUGGUAUCGCCAGCGGCCUUUGUGGCCGGUCGUGGCGCGUCAUGGCUGCACGAUCCGAAAGCUCAACGAGGUCCAAGCCUGAACAGCUGCCCGAGCUGCCCUUGGUCGGGAACCAGCCGAAAUGGAACAGAAUAAAGCUUAUACUUCGUUCCAUAUCCCUCAUAUUUGAGAUUGCCGUCAUCGGUUUAGCUGUUCCGAUCAAAGAGCUCUAUGUGAUUAUACCCGUGUUAUUCGCUUUCCUUUGGGACAUUUCAGAAAUCAUAAGCAUAUGUGUUCGACGCAGUUUGUCCAAAGGCAUUAAAGCCGGUGCGCAUGUUGGGUGCGAUCUGCUCCUGUUCAUGGGCUGCACCGUUGUAACAGUCUUCAUAGUCGUCUCCACCUGGACCUACCAACGCUCCUGGUAUGACUUCAGAAACACAGAUUACUACGCAGACUAUCGGCGUUCUUAUCUAAUUAUGGUUGCAUCCUGCCCAUUGCUUUCACUAAUAACCUUACUUCACUUUACGUUGUUCGUCCGGGCAUGCGUUGAGGUUCACAGGCGUCGGAAAGACCGCCGCAUCCAGCAGCUCGUGAUGGCUAUGAUUGCGAGUGGCCAAUCUCCGGCAGAGCACCUGAGCUCUGCGCUGAAGGCUGGCACCGCUGCCAUUCCUUUGUCCGACGUAGAAGCCAAUAGGACACCGAAAGAAACAGUGACACGCAAGACGUAUCGGGAAGAACCCGAGGGCAGCAUGUCGUGCCAAAAAGAGAUGCCUUUGGCACCUGAGGACUUGGGAAUGAAUGAGAAGGUCUUGUUAGACGACAUCAUACGACAGGUACGAGUAGAACUUAGUCGAUGAAAACCGAUCAAAACCUGCCAGCGUUUCGAAGGGGAUCUCGAUAAUAUUGUGAUGACACUUAGGGCUUGGACCCGGAGAGUGCUGGCUGCGGUCGUACACCGGUGUCAUCGUGGCAACCCAAGAAUGCACAAUGACAUGUUGAUUUGUGUGCGGUUCGGCCAUUGGUCUUCGAUACCAAGUGCACAUGAAUGCUUUGCAACAGCCAGCCAAAUUGAGCAUGGCCACCAAAACUCCUCCGCAUGUAAAGCUUCUCAUCAUGAAAGAUCUUGGGGGCCUCGAUGAAGGUGAACAGCUCAAACAUAUUUGGCAGCCUGCCGUAGUGAUUUACAGUGUGAAGCGCUCCGAUGUACAAAAUAGCCCAUAAGCCGUCUCUGUCCCGUUCCAGGAAAGAUCUGUAUAAGUAUGCAUAAGUGCUAUCUAGUAAAGUCGCGGGACAGCCUACGCUACUGACCACACUGCCC